AUGAAAGCAUUGCAGAAGGCUAGUCCUUUAGCUCUUGUUUGGCUGUCAGAGCUUGGACCACAAUCAAGAUGGUCAAAGAAUGCUUUCAAUCCAGAUGUGAAGUGUGAUACAAACAAAUCAAACUUUGUAGAAAGCUUUAACUCUACCUUAGGCAUUGAUAGAUGCAGACCAGUCUUUACUUUGCUUGAAGGUAUUAGAAGAUUCACCAUGCCAUUAAUCAAGGACAUGCAAAAGUUUGAAGUCUGGGAUGGUGAAUUUGAAAUACUUGAUGGAAAAUCUAUGCUUCCAGUGAACCUAAGACAGAAGACAUGUGUAUGUAAUGCUUGGCAACUUACUGGAUUGCCUUGCAAACAUGCCAUGAGGGCCAUUUUGCACUUAAAUGAAGACCCUAGGUUCUAUAUCAGUGCGUGGUAUUCUGUCAAAAAGUAUAAAAUGGCUUAUGGCAACUCUAUCAAGGCCAUACCAGAUGUGGAGCAAUGGCCUAAUAGUCCUUAUCCAGAGAUUGAUCCACCAACUAUGAAAAGAAGGAUAUGGAGACCUGCAAGGAAUAAGAGGAGGGAAGAGGGUGAGAAAGCCAAAGGGAAGAGGUCCAAAACUAUCAAGUGCAGCAAAUGCCAACAAUUUGGGCAUAAUACAUAA